UAUUCUCUCCCUGGAGCGCCCUCCUCCAAACCCUAGCCGCCGCCUCCUCCUCCAAAUCCUAGCGCCGCCGCCUUCACCGGCUCGAGCUCCAGCCUUCCCUUCAACCAUGGCGGACGUUGAUGUCGACCCCGAGGUGGCGGCCGCCGGCCCCAAGAAGAGGACGUUCCGCAAGUUCAGCUACCGCGGCGUGGACCUCGACGCUCUCCUCGACAUGUCCAGUGAGGACCUCGUCCAACUCUUCCCCGCGCGCGCCCGAAGAAGGUUCUCGAGGGGUCUGAAGAGGAAGCCGAUGGCGCUCGUCAAGAAGCUGCGCAAGGCGAAAAGUGAAGCCCCUGCUGGUGAGAAGCCUGAGCCAGUGAAGACCCACCUCCGCAACAUGAUCAUCAUGCCUGAGAUGAUUGGAAGCCUUGUGGGCAUCUACAACGGCAAGUGCUUCAACCAGGUUGAGAUCAAGCCAGAGAUGAUCGGGCACUACCUGGCAGAGUUCUCCCUGUCGUACAAGCCGGUGAAGCACGGGAGGCCUGGUAUCGGUGCCACCCACUCGUCGAGGUUCAUUCCUCUCAAGUGAGAAUAUGGUCAGGAAAUUUGUCUGAGAUGUCUGGAAUCCAGUGUUCUUAUCGUAGUCAAGUGUAGCACCUGAUAUACCGACUGUCAGUCUAGUGGUGGAGCAGCACCCCUUUGAACCCUGAACUAAUCCUUUUCCGGAUUUUGAAGUUAUCGUAAGGAAGUUCGAACAUGUUUAUCUCCUUCGGCGA